AUGGACACCCCUCGUAUGCUCCAGGCGCAGUAUCAGGGCGAGAGGGGCUCUCCUGCUUACAGCAGGAGCACCAGCAACCCUACCCCAAGCAGCAGCAGCAGCAGCAGCAGACGGCGACACAGCGGUAGUGCUGCUGUGUGUCGGCUUGUCUUUGCAAGUGGCUCUGCUGCGUACGACGGACGUUACCGCAGCAGCAGCAACAGGAACAGCAGCAGCAGCAGCAGCAGCAGCAGAAGCUGCAGCAGCAACAGGAACUGCAGCAGCAGAUAUGUCUACCCCCCUAAUCAACAUGAAGGGUAUCAGCACUGCAGCACAGGCUGGCCAGUGCUGCGGCCUCCGGCGUUGCAGCUGCGCGACUCGCCGCUGCAGUACAACAGCAGCAGCUACAGGUGUUGCAGCAGCAGCAGCAACAGCAGCAGCAAGGCUUACCGGUCGACCUAUCCGUACAGCAGCAGCAGCAGCACCUACAGCAGCAGCAGCAGCAGCAGCAGCUACAGCAGCAGGGGAGGAAACUGCAGGGGCGGCGAUGGUCGCUAUCAAAUAAGAGAGUGUAGGCGAAGCCCACCGAGAUUGCCUGCUUCCUAUCCUUACAGCAGCAGCAGCAGCAGCAGCAGCAGCAGCAGCAGGCAUGUUAUACCUGUAAAGUUUGCUGCCGAUGCAUGCAGCACAGAGGGCAGCAGCAGCAGCAGCAGGGAUAACUGCAACUACAGCUACAGUAACAAGAAUAGCAAUGGAUGCACCAGCAACUGCAGCAACAGCUGCAGCAACGGCUGCAGCAGUAGAAACAGCAACAACUGCAGCAACGGCUGCAGCAAUAGAAACAGCAGCAACUGCAGCAGCAGCUGCAACAACACCUGCAGCGGUAGGUGCAGCAGCAGCAGCUGCAGCAGCAGCAGCAGCUGUAUUCCUCACCGCAGAGGUGUCAUUACAGCGCAGGAGCAGCAAACGAUCGACCAGCAGUGUGGGUUCAUGCAGCAGCAGCAAUCGCAGCAGCAGCAGCAGCAGCAGCCGCAGCAACUACAGCAGCUGAAGCAGCAGCAGCCGUUUCACGAAGCAGCGGGCGAUCCGCAGCUGUUGCAGCAGCACAAGCCGCAACAGCAAAUGCUGCAGCAGCAGCUGCAGCAACCCCAACAGCAGUUGCGGCAGCAACACAUUAGCGAAGUGCCGCAUGAUGGUCUGGGACAGCAGCAGCAGCAGCAGCAGCAGCAACCGCAGCAACUUCAGCAGCAGGAGCUGCAAGACCAGCCGCCGCAGCAGCAGCAAAUGAUGCAGCAACACCAAAACGAGUUGCAGCAGCAGCUGUAUAUCCAAGAGCAACUGCAGCAAAGACUGCAGCAGCUCCUGCAGCAGCAGCAGCAGCAGCAAGGACAGUUCUCUCAUCAUCUGGCUAAGCUGUUCUCGAAUCCCCCUGACUUCGAGCCACACAAGCUGCAGCAGCUGCAACCGCAGCAGCAGCAGCAGCAACCGCAGCAGCAGCAGCAGCAGCAGCAGCCGCUGCAGCUGGAGAUACAGCAGAUGAUGCUGCAACAAACGCUACACCACUUGCCUGCAUUAACUGCAGCCUGGGCUGCACAGCAGCAGCAGCAACAGCAGCAGCAGCAGCAACAACAACAGCAGCAGCUGCAGCAGCAGCAGCAGCCACUGCAACCGCCGCAGCAACAAUCGGAGCAGCAGCACAACUUGCAGGAGCAGCAGCAGCCGCAACUGUCGCAUCAGAUGGCGGAGCCGACGCAGAGUCACCCCGAGCAGCAGCAGCAGCCGCUGCAGCAGCAGCAGCAACAGCAGCAUCAGCCACAGCAGUCGCAGCCCGUGCAGCAUGAGUCACUGCAACACGGGCAGCAACAGCAGCCGCUGGUGCAGCAGCAGCAGCAGCAGCAACAGCAGGUGCAGCAGGCCCCUCAAGGGCCGCUGCAGCGGCCAGUGACGCAGCAGCAGCAGCAGCAGCAGCAUUUAGUAGCACCCCAACGCAUGCAGCCACCCCCACCGCCCCCACCUGAAGAGCACAAGGAACAGCAGCAACAGCAGCAGCAGCAGCACGUGCAGCUGCAGCAGCUACCGGCGCAGCAGCAGCAACAGGGCUCGCAACAGCCGACACAGCAACAAUACCAGCAGCAACUACUGCUGCGGAUGCAACACAAACUAAUGCAGCAGCAGCAGCAGAAGCAGCAGCAGCAGGGGCGGCAGCAAGAGCAGAUGGAGGCGCCGCAACGGAGACAGCAGCAGCAGCAGCAGCAGCAGCCGCAGUGGAAGCAGCCUCAGCAGCCGCAGGAGCAGGGACAGCAGCAGCAACACCCAAAGGAGCAGCAGCAGCAGCCCCCGCCGCCGCCGCCGCCGCCGCACCAGCAGCAGCAGCAGCAGCAGCGUCAGGUGCAGCAGGUCCACCAGUCUGAACAGCAGCAGCAGCAGCAGCAGCAGCCCCAGCAUGAGCAGCAAAAGCACAGGAGGCGCACCUGGCUGCAGCAGCAUUCUGAGGAGGAGCAGCAGCAGCGCGAGCUUGAGGCUUUCAUGCGACAGCAUAAAAGCAGCAACACGACUAACAGCAGCAGCAGGAGCAGCAGCAACAACAGUUGCAGGCUCAGUAGGUUUGAUGCAGCACACAGGAGAGAGCAGCAGCAGCAGCAGCAGCAGCAGCAGCAGCAGGCACAGUCUCACCUCGGGUUAGGGGCAGAGGCGGUCUCCGCAACUCCCAGGCCUCGUUUGCAGGAGUUGCUGCUGCAGCAGCAGCAACAGCAGCAGCAGCCGCAGCAACCGCAGCAGCAGCAGAAGCAGCAGCAGCAGCGACAGCCGCUCCUCUGGCAGCCGCAGCAACCGCAGCAGCAACUGAAGCAAAAGAUGCAGCCUGCAGAACAAGGAGCUGCACAACAGCUGCAAAUGCAGCAGCAAGGACCGCAGCAGCAGCAGGAAUUAGUCAAGCCGAAACCGCAGCAAGAACAAGUGCAGCAGCAGCAGCAGCCUCAGCAGCAGCAGCAGCAGCAGCAACAGCAGCAGGUAGCCACAUUGUCUGAACACCUCGGUGAUGAAUGCAGCAACAAGAGCAGCAGCACCAACAGCAACAGCAGCAACAGCAGCAACACCAGCAGCGACAACAGCAUCAGCAGCAGCAGCAACAGCACAACCCCUUCUUUAACGCUGAGCAGCAGCAAACCCAAAAGGAGCCGCUGGGGCAGCACUCGCCGUACAGCACUGCCACAAGGAGUUGCUGCUGGAGAACAGCAGCAACAGCUGCAGCAGCAGCAACAGCAGCAGCAGCAGCAGCAGGGACGGCAAGAAUCGGCAGGCGGGUCAGAGGGUGCAUCGGCGUCCAGCAGCAAUAAGGCAAACGCAGCAGCAGCAGCAGCAGCAGCAGCAACUGCUGCUGUUGCUGCUGCUGCACCACAGACCUCCUCGGGCCCUCCCUCUAAGGAAGUAUCUGCGCAUGCAGCAGCUGCUGCAGCAGCUGCUGCAGCACCUGGCGCAGCAGCUGCUGCUGGAGCAUCAGCUACAGAAGCAGCAGCAGGUGCAGCAGCAGCAGGCCAUACCACGGCUGUUCUCACAGCAGCAACGCGGGUAGAGCAUGAGCCUGCUGCUGCUGCUGGUGCUGUUGCUGCUGCUGCUGUUUGUUCUGCAGACUCCGCAACUGCAGCCGAACGCCCAGCGUCUGAUUCACCAGCAAAAGACGCAGCAGCAGCAGCAGCAGAAGCAGAACAGCCAACAGCAACAGCAGCAGCAGCAGAUGGAGCUUUAGCGGCAGCUGCAAACCGGCAGCAGCAAAACACAGCAGCAGCACCUGCUGCAACACCUGCUCCUGUUGAUGCUGCAGUACCUUCUGCUGCAGUAUGUUGUGCUGCCGCUGCUGUUUCCCCUACUGGGGCUGCUGCUGCUGCUGCGGCGCCUGCUGCUGCACCACCUGCUGCUGCGGCAGCUUCUAAUGCGUCUUCGUGCGCAGGGGUCAGUGCUGCAGCAACAGCAGCAGAAGUAGCCAUUGCUGCUGCUGCUGCUGCCCCUGGUAUCGUUGCAGCAGAUUCUUUUGCUUUGAAUCCAGCAGCAGCUGCUGCUGCGAGUACGGAUGACGCCCCCAAAGAGCCUGCUGCUGCUGCUGCUGCUGCUGCCGCAGAGCCACCAGCUGGCGCUGCAACACUUCCUGCUGCUGCAGAGGCAGCAACGGCAGUAACAGCAGCAGCUGCUGCUGCUGCUGAGUCUGCUGCAGCAGCAGCAAAGGAAACUUUUUCGGCCGUGAAUACUUCGGCGGCAGCGAAUGCAGCGUCAAGUGCUGCUGCUGCAGCAACAGCAGCAGCAGGCGCUGCAGCAGAAGCAGCAACACCAACAGAAACAGAGAAACCCUUCUUUUCUCAGCUGUCUGCUGCAGCGCAGCAGAGGAUGCGGGUGCUGCGGCAGCGGAGGCAGCAGCAGCAGGAGAGGCAAGAGCAUCUUUCACAGGAGCAGCAGCAGCAGCAGCAGCAGCAGAAGCAACUGCAAGAACAGCAGCAGCAGCAACAACAACAACAGCAGCCGCUGGAGACGCGAAAGGAAGUUUUGCAGAAGCUGCAACGUGUGCAGCAGUUCCGCGAAUUAAGGCAGCAGCAACAGCAACAGCAGCAGCAGCAACAGCAACAGCAGCGGCAGCAGCAGCAGCAGCAGCAUGAACAGCAGCAGCGGCAACAGCAGCAGCUGCUCGAGCAGCGACAUCAGCAGAACCAGGCCCGACAGCAGCUGCAGCAGCAACAGCAACAGCAACAGCGGCAACAAGAGCAGAAGCGUGAAGAGCAACAGGAACAGCUGCAGCAGCAGCAACAGCAACAGCAGCAUUGGCAGCAGCAACAGAGAAGCCCGUCGCUUGUAUGGGUUGAUGCAGAUUCUCUUGUUGUUGUUUUCGAUGAGGAGGAGCAGCAGCAACAGCAGCUGCUGCAGCAGCAGCAGCAGCGAGAGCAGCAACUGCAACUGCAGCAACAGGAGCAGCAACUGCGGCAACGGCAGCAGCAUCUACAGCACCUAGCGAGGCAGCGACAACAAGAGCGCGACGCGCAACAGCAGCAGCAGCAGCAGCAACAACAGCAGCAGCAGCAGCAGCAGCAGCAGCAGAAGCACCCUUCGACAUGGAAGCAAAGUGCCCUUACCCCUGAAAUAUCAUCAGGGGAAGGCGCAGCAACCGCAGCAACGGGCCACACACCCGCUGCUGCUGCUGCUGCUGCUGCUGCUGCUGCUGUGGUAACACCUUCAACAGCAACAUCUGCAGCAGUUUCAUCUGCAUCAGCGGCAGACGCUGCCUAUGCAUCGCCGCCAGCAGCAGCAGCUGCUGCUGCUGCUCGUUCUGCUGCUCCAGCGGCUGGGGCUGCAGCAACAGUAACGAAUUCUGCUGCAGCAACAUCGACACCGACUUCUACCCCUGCUGCUGCUGUUGCUGCUGCUUCUGCUGCUGCUGCUGCAACUCCAGCAGCUACACCAGCUGCACUGGCGGCUACUGUAUUAACUCCCGGGGAGCAGCACGUGCGGCAACAGCAGCAGCUUCAGCAACAGCAACAGCAACUUCGGCAGCAGCAGCUGCUGCAGCAAAAGCUUCUGCAGCAGCAGCAGCUCCAGCAACAGCAGCAGCUUCAGCAACAGCAGAAGCUCCAGCAGCAGCAGCUUCAGCAGCAGCAGCAGCAGCAGGUACAGCAGAGCAAGCAGCAGCAGCAGCAGCAGCAGCAACUGCAACAGAUGCAGCAGCUGCAGCACGUUAGGAAUGUAAGGGCUUCUGCGGAUGCACGGACCACCCCAGAGAGUCGCAGCAGCAGCAGCAGCAGCAGCAGCAAUGUAUCUGUGCAGGCGGAGCUGCAGCAGCUGCAUGCAAAUGUCGCUCGGCUAGAGACGCUCGAUGCACUUCUGCAUGGCCGUGCUGCAGCAGCAGCAGCAAAGACGAAGCUGCUGCAGCGCGAACUUGAUGCAGCAAAAGGAGAACUAGAAAAAACUCUCUCAGAAAGGGCCGCUGUAACCCGGCAGCUGCAGCAAGCCAACAAGAAGCUGCAGGAGCGCCGGCAGCAACUCAUUCGUUUAGCAGCAAGACAUGCGGGUGCAGCAGCAGCAGCAACGUUAGCAGCAGCUGCUGCUGCUGCUCGAGCGGCUGCUCCUGCUGCUGCGGCAACAGCAGCAGCAGCAGCAGCAGCAGCCCCAACGCCGUCACCAGCCG